AGCUGAAUAUCGGCCCAAAGACGCUUGUCAGCGAUCCGGCGUGCGGUUUCUCAGGCCGAGUGACGACGGCGUGAGCGUGAAGGACGACACCCCGGAAGGAUGGUCUUUGAAGUGGAGCUACAGGUCAGAGUGAAGCCAGGACAACCCCCCAGGCCCGUGGUGUUGGAGAUGCACCCUGAGUGGGCACCGGUGGGUGUUGAGCGCUUCAAGCAGCUCGUUGAGUCGGGUUUCUAUAGCAAUGCACGCUUCCAUCGUGUGAUCCCGGACUUCAUCGCGCAGGUGGGCAUUGCUGCGGACCCAGCUGUCUAUGCCAAGUGGGGGAACAGCCCCAUCAAGGACGAUGCUGUGAAGGAGAGCAACAAGCGCGGAACGGUCAGCUUCGCCAUGAGGGGUCCUGAUACCAGAAGUUGUCAGAUCUUCUUCAACUACAAGGACAAUCGCGAUUUGGACGCGCAGGGCUUUUCACCCAUCGCAGUCGUCAAGGAGGGUCUGGAGGUCAUUGACGAACUGGUGGUCCCCUCAGGGAAGGGGCCCGACCAGCCCACGCUGAAGGAGCAGGGCAAUGCGUAUUUGGAUAAGGCCUUUCCAGAGCUGAGUGAAAUUGUGGAAGCCAAAGUGCUGUGAUUGGUUCAGCUGACUGAAUCCAUUGAAGCCUGGAAGUGCCCAAGUAUGUGAUUUACUAUUUGGCAGGUGAUUUGAACAGGACAGAAUCGCAUGUGGACGUCAAGCCAUUUGGUUCCGAGUUCAAUGGCACAGCCCUCCUGCCAGCGAGCCCUGCGUGCCUCCGACUCUUGCCUGAUGGACCCGGCCAGUAUGUGGUUGUGGGCACCCGCCAAACGAAAGGGGCGGACGC